UGGUGUUAGGUGGAUGAUUGUCACAUUGGCAAAUAUACCACAUAUAAUUAUUAUCAAAUAUCAGGAUUUGUUAUGAUCACAGUGACUAAUAGAAUGAAGCUAUAUCCAUAUGCAUAUUCCACGGAUCUGACCUUCAGAAGAAAAGCGUAGUGGCGAUGGCAGCACUUUCAGAUGGAGAAAAACACUACUUUAUUAUCGAGUGUCUGGUGAAAGGAAUUUCACCAUUAGUUGUGCGUGAAAUAUUUGACAGAGAAUUUCACCCUGUAUGUUUAAAAAAUUCACUAAGUAAGGAAAGGAAAAAGAUCCAACAGCUGAAAAAUAAAAGAGUUUUGAACCGGACACAAAUGGAUCUGCUUUAUCCAAUAGGGUGCAUCCAGCCUUCGUCAACAACAUUUGAUAUACCAUUGAUGCUUUGUUUGUUGAGGAACUUUACAGAUAUUGGUGUUUAUGAUCACACUCCACGUCCAGAAGAUACGAGUGUUGCAGCUGAUCUCAGCAGAAUAGGGCAUUAUAGAAAUAAAUCUGCUCACCUGAAUGAUUGUUACUUAUCUGUAGAAUCUUUCAAUUUAAUUUGGACCGAUUUGACUGAGGCCAUUAAACGUUUAGGGGGAACCAAUUUGUUAAGAGAAUGUCAUGAAGUGAGACAAAAAAUGGAGAAUUUAGAUGAAAGGAAUUAUAUUUGUGAGAUUUUCAUGGAGAUGCAGAGUAAUAGGAAGGAGAUAUAUAGAUUAAAAGAAAAACACAAAUUGGAAAAAGAUUUAUUAAGAGCAGAAGAAGAGGAAAGAGCUCAAUUGCAGGAGUUAUCCAUGGAUAAAUAUUACAUCCAGAAAAAUAUUAAAAUGAAAAGAAAAUGGAGGGAACAACUUAACAGUGAAAGGUUUAUUGUAUCGACAGCAGCGCUUAAUACCUUUGAAACGAUGCUACAUAAUAGGUUUGUUGCAAUUUCUGGAAUGUCCGGAUCUGGCAAAUCAAGUGUGGCUCAAUUCAUAGGUCUGCGUAUGUCAGAAAGUCAUGGAUAUUUUGUCGUUUCCGAAUGGCCAUCUUCCUUGAGAAAUUUUCCUCCAAUGAACAAUUAUGGAACAACCAGCCCCAAAAUUUUAUAUCUUUAUGACGAUUAUUUUGGAAAAUAUUCGAUCUCAGAUCAUGACCAAUGCGGAUUGAAUUUGAUGUUUGAUGAAAUGAAACAUAUAGCAGCAACUAACCUAAGUUGCAAGUUUUUAAUUACGUGUAGACCAAACACAAUCAAUGUGAGCAAAAUAAAGCACUUUCUUCCAUCUAUUGUAGAGUGUAAUUUGCACUCACCAGAAAUGUCAUUAUCAGGAGAAGAACGUCAGAAGAUCUUCGACUUAUAUAUUCCCGAGGAGGUCAAUGUUUAUCAGAAUAAUGAUCUUUUACUAAGUACAAAACAGCUACCAUUACUUUGUACAUUAUAUAGAAAACAUUUUUAUAACAGUAUACAAGAUUUAUUCUUAAAUAAAUAGUUUUAACCGAUAAAAUUAGUGAAAUGAGAGAGUCAGAGAACCCAUCAUAUAUCUGCCUUGCUCUGUUAUUAGUUGUGGAAGAACUCGAUAUAACAACAUGGAAGAAUGAAUGCAUUCAAUUCGAGGGCUAUACUAUUUUACAGAGCGUCAUAGUCGAGUCAACUUUUAAAACAGCACCGAAAAGUCGUAAGGUAUUACAGGCGGGAUGGGAAUCAAUAGAAGGAAUAUAUGUUAAAAGGGAAGGCAAUAAACUGUUGUUUAUACAUGACAAAAUACAUGACAAUGUUGUAUCGUGUAUCGGGACGAACUUUAUACGAAGUAUAUUAAAACACGCUAAAUAUUCAUUUAUUGAAGACCGAAUAAGACUGGAAUCCUAUAAAUGUGAGGACAGUAGCCCAAGUGCUGUUAUUAUUUUAAAUCAGACUUAUAAUGAACAAUUCUUCGAAAGACUUUUAAAAGAAAUAACGCGUCGAAAUGAAAAAGUGUUUGUACACAUACAAAAUAGACAUCAAGGGUUUAGAAAUGCCUUCAUAGAAUAUCUCAGAAAUCAUUUGACUGAAUUUGUUGUAGGAUAUUUCGAAAUAUCACUUAUCUUAUCGUCUAAAUUGGGUUAUGAAGACUUUGUGUCGUUCAUAGUUGAAAAAUGGAAAGAGCAAUCUAGACCUUCAUUAUUCUUUCAAAGAGAAUCACCAUUUUAUGUAGCAUGUUCAAAGGGACAUAUUAAUAUUGUUAAAAUAUUGGUUGAAUCAUCUGUAGGAAUAGAACAUUUUAGUAGUCAGCCAAUUGAAGUUGCUUGUAUAAAUGGAUACAGUAACAUUGUUGAGUUGCUACUCCGGCAUGAUAUACAUUCAGAUCUUUCCAUUGCCCUUGAAAAUGCAUGUAAAAUUGGUCACAAUGAAAUAGCGAUACUUCUUCUGAAAAAAGGAACAUUUUAUCAUAACGAGCCUUUACGUUAUGCUUGUGAAAAUGGACAUGACGAAAUUGUCAGUAUUUUACUGAGACACAAAUUGCCUGUCAACUAUAAGUAUGGUGAUAUAAAAACAUGUACACCGUUAUACUUUGCUUCAAUGAAAGGACAUCUGAAUAUUGUAAAAUUAUUGAUAAAUUCUGAGGCAAAAGUAAAUGAAUGUCAUAUACGUGUUGCGGAGUGGAACGACCAUGAAGAUAUUGCUGAAUGUUUACGAGGACAUUUGAGUUUACAGAAAGGCAAAAAUUAGAGAGCUGCUCAUUUAAACAGAACAUAUAAACACUGAACAUACAUAGCUCUGUUACUGUCAUUCGCUUAGCUUCAGCUACAUUUGAGGCAUUCUUUGUGGACACUCAGUGUAAUUUUGGACAGAGAG